AUGUCUCUCAGGGACCUGUACCAAAGGUUCCUUGCCAAUCCAAAGUCGGUUCCCUUGGCCGCCAAUGCGUCCCUGAUCUAUAUCACCACGGCCACCCAGUUCGACGGUGCCGAUGCGAUCGUCAGCCAUCUGACGAAGCAAGAGACCGUCGUGAAGAAGAAAGCCGCAGAUAUAAUUGACGCAAUCGAGGGUUCAAAUUCUCUAUGCUUGGAUGUAGAGGUUACGUUGGAGUUUGUGUCUGGAGGCGGGGCCUAUCUCCCCUCUCUAGACGAUAACUUCCUGGCCGACCGAGUCGCAGCUUUCCCCACGGUCGACGUUAUAGGCGCUCGCGGACGGGGCUGGCCCAUUCGUGAUGGAAAGGACCAGACACGUUUGAUCAAAGCUGCCGUCGCUUCUACCCCCGCAAGUGAGGGUCCUGCAGAGCCUCAGCCCCCUCAAAAGGAAAACAGUGAAGAUUUCCGCUCAAAGUCCGCCUCUCCUUCGAAGAGACAUAUCAAGGAUCCCUACGCGGCAGAGUCUCUGGAAGAACUCUUGUCGCCUGGAAAGGACCGCGCUCAGCCGGUGCGUGCUCCUCGUGCUCCUGCAUCCGCAAAGCCCCCUCCACGUGAUUACAGCGAACUCUUUGUCGGCGACGACGAAAACGAUGCACCGGAGCCUACGCCGUCUAAGUCCCGGGCCAUUGCUCCCAAAGCGGGCGCAGGAAAGAACUAUCACGCUUCUCGUAUCUUUGAGGAUGAUGAAGCAGGGGCUAAGCAGCAAAUCGCCUACAAGACAAACCCGAAACGCUUUGAUCAUUUUGAGCUCGGCGCCGAUAACAGCGAACGCGAAGUGAAGUCGAAACCCGGUCGCCCCAUGUCACGCCACGUCCCUCAUUGGGAUUUCGAGGAUUUUGUAACACCAGAGAAGCCUAAACGCCAGCCCCGUCCCCAGGAAGCACGGCACUUUGGAUGGAGCGAUGACGAGGUUCAGCCAACUCCUCCCGUGAAACCUUUCGUAGUGCAGCCCAGACGCGAUGCGGAAACGCAUUUCGACCUCACGGAUAAUGACGACGAGCAGCACAAGUCCCGCAUCAUCAGCUCUUUCCAGAACAAGGGUCUUAAUCUCUACAAGACUCACAUGUACAAUGAAGAAGAGUCUCCUGGAAAGAACGCGGCGGAAAAGGCGCCACUUGGCGUCGUCCCAAACGGCGGCAAUCGGAAGAAGGACUUUGAGACUCACUGGAGCAUAACCGGGUCCUCGCCCGCGGAUGGCAAGGUCAGUCACGAGAACCAGAAGCCGAUGGGGACAGAUCGCUUGAAGGCCGUCAAGAUGAUGGAGCCUUCCUGGGAAGCGUACGAUGAGUCUCCGCAGCCCAGCAAAACUGCACCUCCACCCCAGCGUCGUCCACUACGCCACGUUAAUGAAAAGCACUGGGACUUCGGGGACGAGGAAUAA